CUCUGUUUCUUUCUUCUUGUUCCCGUUAAUACGCCACUCAUUCCCUCCCUCUCUCUAUUUUCUUUCUUGUUUUCGUUAAUGCGCCACUCAUAACAGUUUUCAUGUUUUUUUACGCUCUCCUGUUUCCAGCGUCUCUAGAUGUGGCGUAGACUUCACGUAUUUUCCUGCAAGCGAUAAUUUUUCAUUGUUCAGUGCGGAGGUCUCUUUAGUGAACACGUUUUGCUCACCAUCUGAAUAAACAAUAUAUUAACAUUGAGAUGGUAUAAUUUCAUGUAAAGAGUGAAUAAACGAUGUCCAUUACUUUUAUGAGAAAUGUAGAGGAAUGGAGAAAAACAGACAGAUGGACAAGAUAACGAUCCCUUCUUUCUCAGAAGAAAAGAAAAUAAUGAUGAAACAGGACAAGGAUGAAGAGGAGAGAGGCAUGUGGAUGAACCAACGCGAGUUUUUCCUCUCCUGCCUUGGAUACGCCGUCGGCUUCGGCAACGUGUGGAGGUUCCCCUACCUGGCCUACAAGAAUGGUGGAGCGGCGUUUCUCAUCCCUUACGUCAUCAUGCUGCUGUGCACUGGGUUACCACUCUUCUUUAUGGAGCUGGUGCUGGGACAGUACACGAGUUUAGGACCCAACAUAAUCUUCCCAAAGAUGGCACCAAUCUUUGCAGGGCUUGGCUGGGGAAUGAUAAUGGUGUCUGCACUCGUCAGCAUCUACUACAACGUCAUCUUGGCCUGGGCAUUCUUCUAUACCUUCGCCUCCUUCACCAGCGAGUUGCCGUGGACCGACUGCGACAACGACUUUAAUACUCCAGGUUUAAUCUAAUACCUACAAUAGAAAUUCGUAACCAUAUCGAUUGGAAAGAAAAAUAAUUUAGUUUCAGUGUGACGUGUGUUUGAAAUGCAUUAGUUUCAUAUGCGUCUAUUGGGAAAAUGCUUGGCACCGAUUAAACAAGUGAACCAUUUCAUUGAUAUCAAUAAUUAUUCAUAGAUUAUGGGGUUUAACUUCAAUUUUAAGACACUUUCGAUGCCAUUAUCGAUAGUAAUUGAUUAUGACACUAACUACAUCAGCCACU